AUGAUAGCAGCAUACAGCAUAGUUCUAUUUCUUGGCAUUUGUCUAGCCAAAAGGCAUAUUGUCCUGCUUAAAGACGACCUCUCUGCAGAAAGCAUUCAAAGCCAUGAAGAGUGGAUAAAAGCCAGUAAUAUUCCAGAGCAUACUAUUAAAGGGUUUGGUGUGGGUGGAUUAAAAGGAUAUACCGCAGACAUUUCAGAAAGCGAGGCGGCACAGCUUAGAAAAAGAAGCGAUGUGCUUGUGGUUGAAGAGAAUAAAGAGUAUACAAUUCAGCUGAGCAUGGGCGAGUCUCUGUCGGCAGGAAUGCCCGACCUUAUGCUCACUCGAGAGGAGUACAAGCUAUUAUAUGCUCCUUCAGAGGUCAGCCCAAGCACAAUUUCAAUUUCUACAGAGCAUAAUAGGGAAGAUCUAUCUGCGCACGCCAAUGUAUUAAAAGGGAGAAGGCACUUCAGAAAGAAUCCAGUUAAAAAAAUAUUCCGGAAGCAUAGAAACAAGCCGCAUCCACUUUUUAAAUUCAGUUCAAGAAGAUUUUCUUCUACCCAAAGAAUCAAGUCAAAGCCCAUUAGCAUUACUCCAAUGCCCAUCCCACACACCAGAGAGCUGACAGGAGAGAAAGAGUAUGCAGCAGCAAUAAAGAAGCUGCACUAUCCAUUCACAGCCAGCAACUUAAAAGCAAGAGUGGAUACUCCGUGGGGGCUGAGCCGGCUAGCACAGGGCAGCAAGAUAUAUAGCGAAGACACUUUUGUAUAUCCAAAAAGUGCAGGCAGUGGGGUUUAUGUAUACGUGUUGGACACAGGGAUAGAGGACACACACGAUGAGCUAAAGGGUAGAGUAAAGAAGGGGAUAAAUAUUGUUGGCGGAAACCUUGAUGCAAUGGAUGACCAUGGCCACGGCACACACUGUGCAGGAAUAAUUGGAGGCAAGACAGUUGGCGUUGCUUCUAAUGCAACGCUAAUUCCUGUAAAGAUAUUAACCGAUGAGGGAAAGGGAAGCACAGAAUAUGCAGUUUUAGGAUUAAUAUAUGCAAUGAAGUCACAUCACCAGAGAAUUAAAACAGAAAAGCACCCAAAGGCUAUAAUCAACAUGAGCCUUGGCGGGGUUAAGAGUGAAGUACUAAAGGAGAUAGCAAAAAAAGCAGUAGGCACGGGACUCGUAAUAAUAGCAGCAGGGGGCAACAAUGCUUCUAAUGCAUGUGAGUAUUCUCCUGCCUCAAUUACGAAGGUAAUUACUGUAGGAGCUAUUGACAAAAAUGAUGAAAUUGCAGAGUUUAGCAAUACUGGUCCCUGUGUAGAUGUAUAUGCACCAGGAGUUGGAAUACGAAGUUCAUUCCUAAAUAAUACCAUGCGAGAACUAUCUGGAACAUCAAUGGCAGCCCCCCAUGUUGCAGGAUUAGCUGCCCUAUAUUUAGGAGAAUCUUACCAAUCUCCAGAGGAUCUAAAGAUGCUUAUUAAAACCGAUGCAUUUAAGUCAGAUCUAAUUAAAAUAGCAUCUGCUAAGGUACUUAACCUGCGCCUUGAAUAAAUACAAGUACAUUUAGCA